GUAAAGGAGAACGGUGGAGGUCCGUACCGAUGAAAAUAUUACGACUUUUAUUUUACCUGAUAUCAGUGGACUUUCCGAUUGGAAGGCCCAUUUACAAAAUUUGCCAAACAUCGAAAUGGGUGAUAUAAUGGUGUAUUUAAUGACUUAUUGUGACUGGAGUGCAAACAGACUGAAGUCCUACAAGGAUGAUAACUCAUUCAAACUGUAUCAAACCAACCACAUAGAUAAAGUUUUGAUGGCCUCUGUUGCACAUGGAUACAUAUAUGUUAAGAGUACCUGUGUGCCAGAGACAAGGCAAUCAGAAAAACCUUAUCAAACAUGGAUUUUCUUGCAUAAAAAUGGUUCUGUGAAAUCCGGUGGCUGUACUUGUGUGGCAGAUGACGGAAGUUGCAAACACUGUGUAGCACUAUUGUUUGCUUUGCAUGACUUUAGUGAAAGGCACCAAGACAGAGGAACUGAGGUAUGCACAGACAAUCCAUGCAAAUGGGAUCGACCGAGGCAGGCAUCUAAUCCUCUUACAAUACAAAAUAUUAAUUUUG